GGCAAAACAACAGUUCCUGACUUUGACUUUUCUCCUGUACUCUCCUUCACCUUCGUCGUCAUCAUCUUAUUCAUUUUCUGCAACCAUUGCUGUUUUGAGCUCUAAUCCUCUUGACCAUUGACCCAUUUCUCAGUUCCAUUUCCAAAGCUUCUUCCUUUUUUUCCAUUUGCUUAAUUCACAAUCUAUCAGGUAAGAUAUAAAGCUAAUGCUUCCAACUUCUCUUCUUCAUUCGUUCCCUUCCAUUUUCAUCCCCUUUCACCUUGUUUUCUCUUCCUCUCUCACAAUUAGCUUCAUCCCCUUAAAGGGGCAGGGUAAAAAUUGUUUUUUUAAUAUCUGUGAUCAAACCCCAAAUUAGAAAAUAGCAGAAACAGAGGAAAGAUCAAACAGAAGAGGUAAAGUGAAGAUUAGGGUUUUUUGGUGUUGUGCCAAAGAUGGAAAAUUUGGAUGCUAAUUCAGACCAGUACGCUACCAUUUCUCCUAAUUUAUCAUCAUCAUCAUCAUCAUCUGGAGGUGUUAAUAGUAAUGAUAACAAUGGUAACAGUAAUAGUAAUAGCAGUGUUGGCACUGGUCCCUGGUAUGGGAUGAGGUUGCCCUCUGUUAGCCCCUUUCGUUCUCCACUUUCCUUUUUGUUGGAUUACUCUGGCAUUCUACGCUCACCCCAUGAUUCUGAGGCUGUGAUUGUCAACAAUGGAGUUCCUGGUUCGGAAUUAAGGUCUCAGCUUCAAACUGGGUCGUUUGAUGCUGCUGCUGAUGCUGGGAACAGUGCAGGGGAAGUUGCAAUAAGGAUCAUUGGAGCUGGAGAGCAUGAUCAGAAUCAGCUUGGAGAAGUGGGGCAUGAUGAUUGUGAUGAUCUGAUGGAUGAUAGAGGUGGAAUGCCUGCAUUGGAUGAUGAUGAUGAUGCUGGGGGUCGUGGUAGAAAUGCUGUUGGUGAGAGGGUUCCUUUGGUGUCUUCGUCUUCACCAUUGGCUGGUAGUGGACAGGUUGGUGGUGAUGCUGCUGGGAAUGGUAACAGUAGGGAUUCAUCAUCCUACCAGAGGUAUGAUAUUCAGCAAAUUGCCAAGUGGAUUGAGCAAAUUCUUCCUUUCUCGCUCUUGUUGGUGGUUGUUUUCAUCCGACAGCAUUUGCAAGGUUUCUUUGUCACAAUUUGGAUAUCAGCUGUGAUGUUCAAAUCAAAUGAAAUUGUUAAGAAACAGACAGCUUUAAAGGGAGAUAGGAAAGUGUCUAUCCUUAUUGGCAUUGCUUUUGCUUUCAUGCUUCACGUGAUGUGCAUUUACUGGUGGUAUCGAAAUGAUGAUCUUUUAUACCCACUGGUCAUGCUUCCUCCAAAAGCAACACCUUUCUGGCAUGCCAUAUUCAUCAUCUUGGUUAAUGAUACAUUGGCACGGCAAGCUGCAAUGGCUUUCAAGUGUUUCCUGCUUAUAUAUUACAAAAAUGGCAAAGGUCAUAACUUCCGUCGGCAGGCUCAAAUGUUAACUCUGGUUGAGUACACGCUGCUGUUGUAUCGUGCUUUGUUGCCAACCCCAGUUUGGUACCGGUUUUUCUUGAACAGGGAUUAUGGCAGUCUCUUUUCGUCACUGACCACUGGAUUGUAUCUAACUUUCAAGCUAACAUCUGUAGUUGAGAAGGUCCAAUGUUUCGUUGCUGCCUUGAAGGCUUUAUCAAGAAAGGAAGUUCAUUAUGGGGUUAAUGCCACAAUGGAGCAGGUUAAUGCUGCUGGUGACCUAUGCGCUAUAUGCCAGGAGAAGAUGCAUACCCCUAUCUUGUUGCGCUGUAAACACAUUUUUUGCGAAGAGUGUGUAUCAGAGUGGUUUGAGAGAGAAAGGACUUGCCCACUAUGCAGAGCAUUGGUUAAACCUGCUGAUCUUCGGACCUUUGGAGAUGGAUCAACAAGUCUAUUUUUCCAGUUGUUUUAAACUCGCGAACUUUGGGUUGGAUCAUAGCUUUGAGCCAACCUCUACCAAAAAAUCAUCAUGUUUAGUGCUCUGAUUUGGUAAGAUAUUUCAUCAAUCAAUUCCUAGGAAAUGAAAUUGUAGGGACUCAUCAAAGAUAUGGCUUAAAAAUUCAUGUUCUCUUGUAAUGAGGUCAGAUGUGCAAGCUGCCAGCUACUCAAACCCGAGGGGAUCCCACUAACCUGAUAUUUUAUAUUCCUCAUAUCUCAGUAAAUGAUAAACACAAACUUGUUCAUAAUGUCACAUCCUUUUGAAAUUCAUCUCCCUCUCCCACUCCCUUUUUAAAGUAUGUAUAUGUAUCUACACAGGCUUUAUGCAAAUAUGUCAACUGAGUUGUUCAUGCACUUGGAAGUGCUGAAAUUGAUAUUUUUACUAUAUGA